CCCGUAAGUGGCACAGAAAUGGCAUCAAGAAACCCAGGUCCCAUAGAUACGAAUCUCUCAAAGGGGUUGAUCCCAAGUUUCUGAGGAACAUGAGAUUUGCAAAGAAACACAACAAAAAGGGGCUGAAGAAGAUGCAGGCCAACAACGCCAAGCAGGCGGCUGCUCAGCAGAAAAAGGACUGAUGUGUUUUAAGACAAAGACCAGUUUUCCUUUUGGCAUGUGUGUUACAGCAUUUUUGUAAUAAUAAAAUUGGAUGUAACAAAAUCUUC